UUACGCUCUACCAAACAUCAAACACAUACACAAUAUAUACUUUGAUCACAAACCUUAAAGUGUCGCAAAAACAUUAUUACCACAAAAAUAAAUUUCACAAACACAUAUCAUCAUCAUAAUUAUUCUUAACCAUGUCUUCCUUUAAGGCCUAUGGUAAAGUCGAUGAAUACCAGCAAGCCAUGUUCGAAGUUCGAAGAAAAUCCCGAAAGCGAAUAAUAAUCAUAAGCUUAUCCACAAUUGUUCUAAUUGGUAUUGUAUUCGCUGCGGUUUUUGGAACCGUUGCUCGUACCAACGGUCAUAACAAUAACAACAACGACAACAAUGCGCAAUCUCUUUCGAGUUCCGUGAAGGCGGUUUGUGAUGUGACAUUGUACCCGGAUUCUUGUUAUAGUAGUCUUAAUCCUCUUGUUAAGUCGGGUCGGAUUCGACCCGAGGACCUCUCCAAGUUGUCAAUUCAAGUGGCACUAAAUGAGGUUUCGAAAGGUGUCCGAUAUUUUUCGGAGAAGGGAGGUUUUAAUGAAUUGAACUUGAAUGUUGAUAAAAGAACAAAGGAAGCUUUGAUGAAUUGUAAGGAUCUUUUGGGUCUUGCUGUUGAUCAUUUGAAUGACUCUUUGGCUUAUGGGGGAAAGUCUUCUUUGCUUGAUGCUUUGGAGGACCUUGAAACUUGGUUGAGUGCUUCAGGUACUUACCAACAAACAUGCAUCGAUGGCAUUGAGGAGGCAGAUAAAGCAUUAAAAUCCAGCAUCACAAACAAUCUAAAAGACUCUACACAACUCACAAGCAACAGUCUUGCCAUCAUCACAUGGCUCAACAAAGCUACAACUUCAGUGAACUUUAGACGCUUAUUGAGUUCAUCUAAUCAAAACGAAGAACCAAAAUGGCUUGAUCCAAAAGUGAGAAAACUACUUAAAAAAAGUGAUAAUAUAAAACCUGACAUAGUUGUGGCAAAAGAUGGAAGUGGAAAAUACAGCACAAUUUCAGAUGCAUUGGAACAUGUCCCUAAUAAAAGUGACAAGAGGACUGUGAUCUAUGUGAAGAAGGGAACUUAUUUGGAAAAUGUUAGAGUUGAGAAGACCAAAUGGAAUGUCAUGAUCAUUGGUGAUGGUAUGAAUGUUACAAUUGUGUCUGGUAGUCUUAACUUUGUGGAUGGUACACCAACAUUUUCAUCAGCAACAUUUGCUGUUUUUGGGAAGAAUUUCAUUGCAAGGGAUAUAGGCUUUAAAAACACAGCAGGUCCAGAAAAGCACCAAGCAGUUGCACUAAUGACAAGUGCAGAUCAAGCAGUAUUCUACAGAUGUUCAAUGGAUGCAUAUCAAGACACACUCUACGCUCAUUCGAAUCGUCAAUUUUAUAGAGAAUGUAAAAUAUACGGAACAGUCGAUUUCAUUUUCGGAAACUCGGCUGUAGUUUUACAAAACUGCAACAUUUUACCAAGAGUACCAAUGCAAGGACAACAGAACACAAUAACAGCACAAGGCAAAUCUGAUCCAAACAUGAACACAGGAAUUUCAAUACAAAAUUGCAAUGUUUCACCCUUUGGAGACUUGAGUUCAGUACAAACUUACCUAGGAAGACCUUGGAAGAAUUACUCAACAACUGUUUUUAUGAAAUGUAACUUGGAUGGUUUUGUUAAUCCAAACGGGUGGUUACCUUGGGUAGGAAACUCUGCACCUGAUACAAUAUUUUAUGCUGAAUUUGAGAAUGUUGGUAAUGGUGCUUCAACAAAGAAUAGGGUUAAUUGGAAAGGUCUGAAAAAAAUUACAAGUAAACAAGCUAAAAAGUUUACAGUUCAGGCUUUUCUUUCUGGUGAUAAAUGGAUUCCUUCUUCUGCUGUACCUUUCAAAUCUUCUUUGUAAGAAUUUUAAUACAUAUAUACAAACUUUGUCCUAUUGGAAUUUUUUUA